CGAAAGAUGAGGGGCGGGGCCGGAAGUGAGAUCACCCUUCCGUUGGGGUGAAAGGUUAAGCGGAUGUAGCCGUCUUUCCUUUCCGUAGGCCCUGGUGGUUGCUGUCGAAAUGGGCAAGUUCAUGAAACCCGGGAAAGUGGUGCUGGUGCUGGCCGGACGCUACUCCGGACGCAAAGCCGUCAUCGUGAAGAACAUUGAUGAUGGCACCUCAGAUCGCCCCUACAGCCAUGCUCUUGUGGCUGGAAUUGACCGCUAUCCCCGCAAAGUGACAGCUGCCAUGGGCAAGAAGAAAAUCGCCAAGAGGUCAAAGAUCAAGUCUUUUGUGAAGGUUUAUAACUACAAUCACCUCAUGCCCACAAGGUACUCUGUGGAUAUUCCCUUGGACAAAACUGUGGUCAACAAGGAUGUCUUCAGAGACCCUGCUCUUAAACGCAAGGCCCGGCGGGAGGCAAAGGUCAAGUUUGAAGAGAGGUACAAGACAGGCAAGAAUAAGUGGUUCUUCCAGAAACUGCGGUUUUAGAUGUUUUAUGUUUCAGUCAUUAAAAAGGUGGAAAAAAAAA